UGGCGCCAUUGGGCACUUGGGCCGCUUGGGCACAUGGGCUUGGUUACCCGUGCACGUCCUUCAAGGCUUGUUAGGUUUCUGGCGUUUCUGGCUUGUGAACCAAAGCGUCCAGGAAAAGUGCAUCUUCUUUGCAAGUGCUGCCGGCUUGACGUGUUCCCAAGCAACGCCCGUCAUUCAAUAUGCCGCACAUUGACAACGAUGUGAAACUUGAUUUCAAAGACGUGUUGCUUCGACCUAAACGGAGCACGCUCAAGAGCAGAGUGGAGGUGGAUCUCAACCGCACAUUCAAGUUCAGAAAUUCAAAAUCAACUUACACAGGGAUACCCAUUAUCGCCGCUAACAUGGAUACCGUGGGGACUUUUGAAAUGGCAAAGGUGCUGGCUGAGCACUUUAUGUUUACCGCUAUUCACAAGCACUACUCUGUGGAGCAAUGGAAAGGCUUCUAUGCUUCCAAUCCAAACAUAUUUGAGAAUAUUGCUGUCAGCUCUGGCUCUGGUGAAGCAGACUAUGAAAAGAUGAAGGCCAUUCUGAGAGAGAUCCCUGCAUUGCGCUACAUUUGUCUUGAUGUUGCAAAUGGUUACUCGGAGGCAUUUGUACAAUUUGUGCGAUCAGUCAGGGCAGACUUUCCAACUCACACAAUUAUGGCUGGUAAUGUUGUCACUGGGGAAAUGGUAGAGGAGCUUCUCCUUUCCGGAGCAGACAUAAUUAAAGUUGGCAUUGGACCAGGCUCUGUCUGCACCACUCGCAAGAAGACCGGCGUAGGCUAUCCACAACUCAGUGCGGUCAUUGAGUGCUCUGACGCAGCUCAUGGCCUUGAUGGCCACAUAAUUUCGGAUGGGGGCUGCACUUGUCCCGGUGAUGUGAGCAAGGCGUUUGGAGCAGGUGCAGACUUUGUCAUGCUGGGAGGCAUGUUGGCAGGCCAUGAUGAGUCUGGUGGAGAGGUGAUCGAGAAAGAUGGCAAGAAGUACAAGAUGUUUUAUGGCAUGAGUUCUGCCACUGCCAUGGAAAAAUACCACGGAGGUGUUGCUGAAUACAGGGCAUCGGAGGGCAAGACUGUGCAGGUGCCAUAUCGUGGUCAGGUACAAGCGACAGUGCGCGACAUCCUGGGUGGUCUGCGUUCAGCUUGCACCUACACAGGGGCUGGCCGGCUGAAGGAGCUCACUCGUCGCACAACCUUUAUUCGAGUUACACAGCAGCUGAAUCAAGUCUUCUGCCAAGAAGCCUAAGCAUGUGCUUGUGAUAUGUUCUGUGCUUGACAGGUGUCAUGUUUGAUGCAGGCUGUGCCCUGCAUAUUGUUUUAGUUACUAAAAGUGGAAAGGUGUUAAAAUAUGAUAAAGCAAAAGUCUUGUAUGACAUUAUCCUUUGCUGCCAGUGGAUAAUGUAUCAUGUUUUUGAGAAUGACCGACUCUCCAGUGGCAUCCAGCAGCCAUGGAAAAACUGUUGUGAACAGAAGACACAUUGUAACCUUAUAAACGUGAGGCAGAGGCUAUAAGCUGCAAGCAUUUUAUUGCUUUUUUUUUUUCUUGUAACAGCACAGUAAAAAAAAAAAAAAAAAAGCUGUUAUUUAAACCUCAGUUUUAUCUAAAAAGUGAUUUUUAUGGGUGUUGAACACAAUGAACUACACUUGUGGAAAAAGCUAAAGGAACGUAUAUAGGUGAAGCAUAGCACAUGAACUGAAAAGCAUAGUCUGUCUAUGGUGUAUGCUUUUAAAUAAUAACGUUCUGUGUGGUAAGGUUGUGUUCUGGGCUUCGUAAUGUCUCGCGCAGGAACCUUUAUUUUUUUUAGUUUCUCAUGACUUUGAAAGCAUUUUGCGACUUUAUUCUUUGUGGUCCAUUUCUCUUACGUGCAAGCCUUGUGACAUUUCUGUGGAGCAGUUCAGUGUUAUAUGUACACAACUAAUUUUAUCACUUGGUUUCCAUUGCAUAAAAAUUCUCAGCACAUCUUAGUAUGCACACCACUAAAUCUAGGCGAUGUUUAAGAAGCAACAUUCAACUUGGGUAAUUAUUUUUGACAUUUUAAACAAAUUUUCUUACAUGUAAUGUUUCAAAACUGUCAAGUUGUGAAAUGAGAGGCCAGGUGAAACUUAUCCUUACCAUACAUCAUAUUUGUAGUUAUAAAUUAGCUUUGAGAUGAGUUCUUAACUAGAGGAGAGAGAGAGAAUAAACUUCUUUAUUAGGUAAAUGAAGCCUUGGAGAGGCGUCCUCAUUCCAGAAUGCCUUGAGCUUGGGCCGCGUCCUGGACCCUCGCAAUGAGCCAUUGCUGAUCCUUGAGGUCGGAGCUGGCCAAGGAUCUCUCCCAAAGCAUGUUGGUGUGAUAAGGGUUCGGAGGAUUUAGUGGUGCCUGUCUGCAACCCCCUACUAUGUCCCUGAGGGACCCGGGCUCUGCGCAGAAGUGGCAUUGCGGAGAGAAUUGUGUAGGGGCUAUGAGGUGAUUUCUGGUUGGGUGGGGGAAUGUAUUAACCUGUAGAUCUCUGAGGAAUCGCUCCUGCUCUCUAGGUAGUGACUUGUGUGGGGGUGCGUAUGUUCUGCUGGUUAGCUUGUAGUGUUGUGUGAUGUCUUGGUAGGAGACUAGAGGAUGCACGCGCUUAGGUUGAGAUCCUCAGUGUCGGCUUGGUGGUUCAAAUCUCGAGCCACGUGGUUGGCGACCUCAUUGCCAGGAAUGCCGUGAUGAGCUGGCGCCCAGAUGAUCAUGACUGAUCUCGUUGGCGGCUUUUGAUUGAUGAUCUUGAAAGAAGUUCAGACAAAUCUAUGUACUGCCCACUGUUUCUUUGCCUUCUUAAGCUGCCAUACUGGUGGCACAUGCACUCAGUGCCAGGUUUCCCUAUAUGGCAGAAAAGUAUAGUAUGGCAGAAAAGUGGCUGAGGACAACUAGAACAUAGCAGUGAAUACAAGCAUUGAAAUUAUCGGCAGGCAAAACGGAUGCAAUUAAGCAAAAAAAGUAACGAUUGCUUGAAUGGCAGGCUGACACACAACCUUGCAGUGCUUGUUUCAUCAGAGUGCGUGUAGGCUUACAGCUGCGCGCUUAUUAUCAUCUCAACUUUCUUUAUAAAAUUGUCUUUAUUGGCUUUUUUUUAAGUUAAAAC